UUCAAUGAAUUCCAAACACUUAGUCAACAAACCGGCAUCUCCUGGGAAAGAAAAAGAAGCAAUUGAAUUGGGUGGGAGGCAAAAGAAAAAGAAAGAGUGCACAAAAAAGCAAAAGAAAGGAGAGGAAGAGAAUAUAAUUCCAUCAGCAAACCCCACACCUUCCUCUUUCCAAGGCUGCUCCAACUCAGCUGCUUUUCAGCUUUGCCUCAAUCCUCAAAAUCUCUUCCUAUCUUUGUCCCUGAGAAGUUGUCCAUUAAACAGAAAUUCGACAAUUGAAUCACUCACUGCUCAGACUCCAGGCCAGCGGAAUGACCCGCGAGCCUUCCGAUCCCCUUGCAAUUCCAGGUUUUAUCUCUAGCUUGUCCUAAGAGUGCAGGAGAAUUUCCUAGAGUCUCCCAGUCACUAUACUCAUGACCAAAUUAUGGAGUCUCCAGGAUACCCUGAAACUUGGAUGCCAUACAUGACCCCCAAGGAUUGCUCGCAAGGUCUCUGCAGCUUUUACUGUCCACAGUGGUGCUCUGUUGCUCUGCCUCCUCCACCAACUUUUCGAUUCUCAGAUGAUGAAAAUCCAGGCCCAACUUUUUCCCCACUCAUCAUAGCAAUCAUUGGGAUUUUGGCCAGUGCUUUCCUCCUAGUGAGUUACUAUACCCUGAUCUCCAACUGCUGUGGCGGCACCAGCUCGAGAAGAAGAGAAAUCUACGACCCAGAUGAGCAAUUGGAAGAAAACCGUCGCCUGUCUGUCCAAGAGCCAUGGCAGGUGGCAACCGGGGGAUUGGAUGAGGCCCUGAUCAAGUCGAUCGCGGUGUGCAGGUACAAGAAGGACGAUGGUGGGGUAACAGAAGGGACCUGCUCAGUGUGCCUCAGUGAGUUUCAGGAGGAUGAGAGCAUUAGGCUCUUGCCCAAGUGCACUCACGCCUUCCACGUGCCGUGCAUUGACAUGUGGCUGAAGUCCCACUCGAACUGCCCGUUGUGCCGGUCUGACGUCAUUUUCAUCGUUCCUAGCGCUUCGCCGGCUCCGACUCCUGCUCUUGCGACUGAUGGGAGCUCAUUAGGAAAUGAACCCUCCCUGGAGAUCCACCAGGAGGAAAGCGAAGAUGAUAAUUCACCGGCCGCACAAGAUUCAGGCUCAGCCCACAAGACGGCUCAGCUGAGUAGCGUUCCUAAGACCCCAUCGCUGAAUUCUAGCGAUUUGAGGAACCAUGAACUCGUGCAUACGGUGAUUGAGGUGAGGGAAGGAAGCUCACAGACGCCACAAGUCAGGAGAUCUUUCUCUAUGGAUCACUUGUGUCAAACCUGGGUGUCGGUCUCCGGUACAUCACUUCAGGCGAACGGACAAGAGCGGCUAGUCAUCAGAGUGGACGAGUGCACAGGAAAUGCAGAAGCAGGACCAGCGAAUCAUUCACUAGGGGAAGUACCAAAGGCUGAUCUUAAGAGAAGGCUCUUGCACUUGCACUGUGUAUGUGGAGUGAGUCCGGCGACAUUGAAGAGAUCUUUUUCGAGCGGGAGGAUUUCCAUCCUCUCCUGGCCCGGGAGGCCGAGGAACGCUGCAGUUCCCAUCUAGAAAUAAAUGUAAGUGGGACAACGGCAGCUGAAAUUAGCGCGUUUUGUCUGCGGCGAGAGCUAUUGUAGCGUCACCAGUUUGGUGGUUAAUUUCUUAGCUUCAUCAGCAAGAUGGUUAUAUGCAUAAAAAAGUAUGAAUGCCAUAGCUGCCAUGGAACUACACUGUCAUGAGCAAAAGCAAUGUGCUACAGUUGGCUAGUGAAGUAAUCUAGCAGCCAAUUUGCAAAGGCAGAUCAUUGCAAGAAACAUGUAUACUCGUUCAGUUGAAAGGAGGAUGCUUUAAAACGAGUAUUCGUCUUUCUAGGCCCAACAUCGGCCUGACCGCAAAGCCCAUACUGUUGAACGGGCUGAGCUUGGAAUUAUCCAGGUC